GGCCGAGCAGGCGGGGCCGGCCGAGCUGCGGCGCAGAGCUGGAGACGCACGCGAGGCUCUGGCAGUUCGCACCGCGCACCCGUCGGCCGCCCCGCAGCACCAUGAGCCGGCAGAGUCUCUGGCUCCGGUUCCCGCUGCUCCUGCUGCUGCUGCUGCCGCUGCCCCCGGUCCUGCUCGCGAACCCCGGGGAGCCCGUGCCAGUGAACCCCUGUUGUUACUUCCCAUGCCAGCACCAGGGCAUCUGCGUCCGUUUUGGCCUUGACCGCUACCAGUGUGACUGCACCCGCACCGGCUAUUCCGGCCCCAACUGCACCAUCCCUGAUCUGUGGACCUGGCUCCGGAACUCACUGCGGCCCAGCCCCUCUUUCAUCCACUUCCUGCUGACCCACGGGCGCUGGUUCUGGGAGUUUGUCAAUGCCACUUUCAUCCGAGACGCGCUCAUGCGCCUGGUACUCACAGUGCGUUCCAACCUUAUCCCCAGCCCCCCCACCUACAACUUAGCGCACGACUACAUCAGCUGGGAGUCCUUCUCCAACGUGAGCUAUUACACUCGAAUUCUGCCCUCCGUGCCCCAAGACUGCCCUACCCCCAUGGGGACCAAAGGGAAGAAGCAGCUACCAGACGCCCAGCUCCUGAGCCGCCGCUUCCUGCUCAGGAGGAAGUUCAUACCUGACCCCCAAGGCACCAACCUCAUGUUCGCCUUCUUUGCACAACACUUCACCCACCAGUUCUUCAAAACUUCCGGCAAGAUGGGUCCUGGCUUCACCAAGGCUUUGGGUCACGGGGUAGAUCUCGGCCACAUUUAUGGAGACAAUUUGGACCGCCAGUACCAGCUGCGGCUCUUUAAGGAUGGGAAACUCAAGUACCAGAUGCUGGACGGAGAGAUGUACCCGCCGUCAGUGGAAGAGGCGCCUGUGCUGAUGCACUACCCGCAGGGCGUUCCGCCCCGGAGCCAGAUGGCCGUGGGCCAGGAGGUGUUUGGCCUGCUUCCCGGGCUCAUGCUCUACGCCACCCUUUGGCUGCGGGAGCACAACCGCGUGUGUGACCUGCUGAAGGCCGAGCACCCCACCUGGGGAGACGAGCAGCUCUUCCAGACGGCCCGCCUCAUCCUUAUCGGGGAGACCAUCAAGAUUGUGAUCGAGGAGUAUGUGCAGCAGCUGAGUGGCUACUUCCUGCAGCUCAAGUUCGACCCGGAGCUGCUGUUCGGCACCCAGUUCCAGUACCGCAACCGCAUCGCCAUGGAGUUCAACCAGCUCUACCACUGGCACCCGCUCAUGCCCGACUCCUUCAAGGUGGGCCCCCAGGUCUACAGCUACGAGCAGUUCCUGUUCAACACCUCCAUGCUCACGGACUACGGUGUCGAGGCCCUGGUGGAUGCCUUCUCUCGCCAGAGCGCUGGCCGGAUCGGUGGAGGUAGGAACAUAGAUCAGCACGUCCUGCACGUGGCCGUGGGCGUCAUCCAGGAAUCCCGAGAGCUGCGGCUGCAGUCCUUCAAUGAGUACCGCAAGAGGUUCAACAUGAAGCCCUAUACCUCCUUCCAGGAGCUGACAGGAGAGACAGAGAUGGCAGCUGAGUUGGAGGAGCUAUAUGGAGACAUUGAUGCCUUGGAGUUCUACCCAGGACUGCUUCUUGAGAAGUGCCAUCCAAACUCCAUCUUCGGGGAGAGUAUGAUAGAGAUUGGGGCUCCCUUUUCCCUCAAGGGCCUCUUAGGGAACCCCAUCUGUUCUCCAGAGUACUGGAAGUCGAGCACAUUUGGUGGCGAGAUGGGCUUCAACAUUGUCAAGACGGCCACGCUAAAGAAGCUGGUUUGCCUCAACUCCAAGACUUGUCCCUAUGUCUCCUUCCGCGUCCCUGACACCCACAAGGACGAUGGAGCCGGUGUGGAGCGGCCGUCCACAGAGCUCUGAGGGGCAGGGCGGCAGCGCUCCGGAGGGUAGAGCUUUGCACUUGUCUUUCCAGAAUGCUGAGGCCAGGGUUAAUGGUUAUAAAACGGGUUUCUAGUCUGGCACAGAGAGGAUCAGGGUUGACAUUUAGAACUUCGUGUUUUUCAUCCCUUAUCUGGAAUAUUGUGGUCUUGUUUGUCAUCCUAGAAAUACUGAAUUCCUGGUUAAAUAGCCAGAAUGUUAGAAGUGGUUUUCACUGGUGUGCCAGAAAACUGGGUUCCUGGUUGACAACCUAGAAUGUCAGAUUUCUGGUUGAUUUGGAAUAUAGGCAUUCUAGAAUGUGGAGCUCCUGAUGAAACCAUGUAGAAAGUUAGGCAUUCUUAUUUUGCAUUCUAGAAUUCUGGGGAACCCCCGCAAAGAAUGUUGACUUUCUGAUGGCCAAUUCAGAAUGUUCUGUUCCUGGCUGCUGAUCCAAAAUAGUAGCUGGUAUGCUAUUCAGUCCUGGUCUGAAUGUCUAGAAUGGUGAUUUGAUUCAUCUUCCUGUUCAGGGAGAUAGCCACAGAGUAGGAGAAUCUAAUGUCUACAAAGAACACACUGCCUGAAUCUGCUUCUGCACUGAGGGAGCAAGGAGGUGGGUGCUCCUUUUUGGACCCCCAACUUAGACCCUGGUUCGAGGGUAUAGAGAGAAGAACUGGACUUUCUCCAGGUCGCUGGUUGGAAGCCACCAGAACCCUGUCUCCAUCCAAGUCUUGACUCAUGGCAGCUGUUUCUCAUGACGUGAAUAAAAUUCUUUUUCCAGAUUG